UUACAGAGAAACGGACCCCAGAUUGUGCUUCAAUAGUAAACUAAACAAUAAAAUAUGCGUGAAAAAGAAAAGAAAUAUGCUUCAAAGUCAACGGAUGGAAAUAAGGAGUUCAGCCUCCUUUUAUGUAGUUCUGCUUCAAUGCUGAAGUUUUGCCGAUCCAAAUAUUUCUUUUCGAUCAAAAUAUUAUUCUGAAAAUAUUACUUCCUUUUAGUUGUUAUUCUGCUUAUCUGAGUUUUGUGGGUCCAAUUACUUGCAAAAAGUGGAAUUGAAAUGGCUCUUUCUUUUGAAUAUCUGUCCGAAAUUGUGGGAAGCCCAGAUAUCCUUUCGCAUCUUGGUCGAAAACCAAAAAUUAGAAGAUUUCAAUGGAAUGGCCCGCACUUUUUAGCCAUUCUUCGCUAUGCCGUAACACUGAACUCCAACUCGGAGCAUGACAGAUUUACUGAUCUACUGAGGCGUCUUGAGGACUCAGCCUACUAUUGCUUCCUCGUUCCAAAGCCGCGGCAAUAUUUGUUUGAUGCUGCUCUCAAGAAAAAUGAACUAGUAGCAAGCUUUGUAGCCUUUCUGAUUGAAGAUCUAGGAGAAAUACUGAAUAGUGGGACAAAUUCGGGUGUUCUGGUUAGUGAUCAAAUCAAAGUUCUUUUGAAGGAGCUUAAAUUUCUGCUAACCUUUCUUGGUGAUAUACCCUUACAGUGCUCUAAGCCAGAAUACAACAACAUCAUGACAGAAAUAGAAGCUGUGGCUAACCAAGUAGGAAAUUUUCUAUGUACGUUCUUUUUCACGACAGAUCGAAUCACAUUGGCCAAAAUGGAUCUGGUACUUUCAGAUUUGUUACAAAGGAUUGAUAUGGUGAAAACAGAUAUCAAAGAGCACUGCAUCACAGUCUCAAAUCUGCCAUGUUUUACGAAUCUAAACACAGCCGUGAUUUCAGUAUUCAUUGUUGAUUCUCUCCUUGAUGAUCUCAAUGAUCUAAUAAAUCAUAAGCCUGUUCUCAUUCUUGAAGUGAAGGAUCAAAUUACAGCUCUAUACGAGGAACUAAAUUACUCAAGAUUCUUCCUUAAGGACAUAGACGUGCAGCACAAUAAAGAAUUAAUUGAAUGUGUAAUGCGACUAAGAGACCUAGCAUAUGAGGCUGAAUAUAUCAUUAACUCGUUUGUGGUAGGAGAGGUUCCUGUUUGGUAUCUAACCAUGAGGCUCUCUUCAGUCAUCCUGACUAAUAGAGUCAUCAGGACUAAACUCUCAGAAAUCAAGAUGAAUUUGGGUAUUGGAAGACUAGAAGUUGUAGAAAGUCCCAGAGAAGUAUCAUCCCAAAGAAAAAACAUUCCCAUGGUUGAUGAGAUCAUUGUGGGCUUCGAAGAUGAGAGAAUACAAAUUGCAAGCCAGCUUGUUGGAGGACCAAACUACCUUCAAAUUAUUUCCAUCAUUGGGAUGCCUGGACUUGGUAAGACAACUUUAGCAAAGAAGUUAUACAAUGAUUCCUCUGUCGUCUACCAUUUCGAUAAGCGUUCAUGGACUGUUGUCUCUCAAACUUAUCAAAAGAGAAAGCAAUUGAUUGACAUUUUGAGUCCUAUAACUGACCUUAGCCGGGACACAAUCUUGAAUAUGGACAAUGAGAGUUUGGCUGAAAACCUUUAUAAAAAUUUAAAAGGGAGAAGAUACCUAAUUAUUAUGGAUGAUAUGUGGAGUAAAGAAGCAUGGGAUGAUCUGAAAAGGUACUUUCCAAAUGAUAGGAACGGAAGCAGAAUACUGUUCACCAGUCGGCUAAAAGAUGUGGCUUUGCAAACUUCAUCUCAUGGCAUUAUUAAUGAACUUCGUUUCCUAUCGGUAGAUGAGUGUUGGGAUUUACUGCAGAAGAAGGUGUUCCAGAAAGAAGGUUGUCCUCCAAAACUGAUAGACAUCGGGAAGCAAAUUGCAACAAACUGUCAGGGACUGCCACUUGCAGUAGUCGUAAUAUCAGCAGUUCUUGCAAAUAUGGAGAAAAAAGAAAGCUUAUGGCAAGAAGUUGCGAGCAACUUAAGUUCUUACAUUUUCGAAAACCCCAACAAGAACAUACUCGACCUCAGUUACAUGCAUUUACCGAUUCAUUUGAAACCAUGCUUCCUUUACUUUGGUGCAUUUGAGGAGGACAGGGAUAUUCCAAUUAGGAAGUUGUUAUCCCUCUGGAUUGCGGAAGGAUUUGUACAAAAAAGGGAGCAUAAGAGCUUGGAAGAUGUAGCAGAAGAAUAUCUAAUGGACCUUAUUAACAGAAGCCUAGUACAAGUUUCCAAAAGAAGAUCCGACAGUGGAGUUAAAGCUUGUAGUAUUCAUGAUCUUAUACGUGAUAUGUGCUUGAGAAUAGCUAAAGAAGAAAACUUUCUCAAGGUGAUAAAAAAUCAAUUUUCAAUAUACGAGCAACAUCAACACCUAUGCAUCCACUCUAAUUUUGGCAAUUCUAAGUCUAGACUAUUUGGCCUCCAUAUCCGCUCUUUGCUGGGCUAUUUUGUCAGUCCAUUAUUCAUUGUACCCAGUUUAAAACUUCUAAGGGUCUUGGAGUUGUUAACCGCAAAUGGAAUUAAGUCUCAUCUAGUAAUGGGAAUCGAAUUCCUGGUUUACUUGAGGUACUUGGCUAUUCCAUGGUUACCAUCAUCAAUAUCCAGACUUGAUAGCCUAGAAUUUCUUGUUCUAGGGCGCGCGGAUGUUAUACCACCACUCCUCAAUAUGCCUAAGUUGAGGUGUCUACAUGUCGUAACCCUCGUAAGUUUCAGUAAAAAUUGUCAGAGAUCCCAAAUGAAUAGCCUACAAACUCUUUCCUGUGUUCAUAUUAUUCAUUUGAAAGAUGAAGAUGUCUUGAGAUGCUUUCCCAAUCUUCGUCGCCUUAAAUGCACAUAUAACCAAUCCUGGAAUCGCUGUCCAGAUCUCAGUUUCCUUGCUCAGCUUGAAUCACUCAGUUUAGUCUUCUUAGGUAACUCCAAAGAGAUAAAAUUGCCCAUGAAUAUCAAAAAGCUUACUCUAUCUAACAUUCGUUUACCUUUCGAAAAGAUGUCAUUAAUCGGGACAUUGCCCAACCUUGAGAUACUCAAAUUAGAAUGUGAUGCCUUUGAGGGACGAAGCUGGAACACAAAGGAUGAUGAGUUCCAGAAACUCAAAUUCUUGAAACUAGAAAGGCUAAAACUUGCUCAGUGGAAUGCCUCAAGCAGUCAUUUCCCAAUGCUCGAACGAUUGGUUUUGCAAAAUUGCUACAAUCUGAGAAAGAUCCCUUCUGAAUUAAGCGAUAUUCCCACGCUGCAGAUGAUUGAGGUACAUUGCUGUGACAUAUAUGUCAGAAAUUCUGUUAUGAAAAUUCAGCAAGAACAACUGGACAAUGGAAAUCAAGAGCUUAAAGUUAUCAUCUCCGGCACUGUCUGGAACUUCAUCUUAAAAAGGACCUUCAGCUUAAGUACUCGCUGGUGGCGAAGAACAGCCGGAACUCUUGUAGAUGCAGGAUCUAGUAUACACUCUAGAGAUCCCUGAGGGCAAAUAGUGCUCAAUGACUUGAUAAUAUUGCAGGUCGUAGAUUAGGUUAGAUUUGUAUGCACUCCUCUUGGUUCUUUUGCUUGUUAUUUUCUUUUUAAUAUUUUGAUGUAUUCUCUCCUUUUGUAUCUGGCCGAUUUCAAUCUUAUCCCUCCCUUGAAAAUCUUUUUGUACAGUAUGAAAUGACACUCGGUUGCAUUCAA